GAGUGCUGAGUCCCCCUGCUCGCAAGGAGUCGCUGCAAAGCCGCGUCGGCGGAGACAGGCCGAGGCUUGGAGGCUGCCGGGUGUGGAUCCGCUGCUGCCUUUUAAUCUCCCCUGCCGCGGCGGCCGGCUCAUCUGGGCGAUGGCGGUGACAAGGAAGGUCGCAAUUCGCCUGGCGUAUUCGGUGGUCGGGAUAAUCUCGGGGCUGUCGUCCUUCCUCGCUUGGAACCUGGCGCCGAGGCUGCGACAGCCUUACACCGCCUCCGCCGGCGGACUCUCGGGUGUCUUGGCACUUUGGGCCCUAAUCACACAUGUGAUGUAUAUGCAGGACUAUUGGAGGACUUGGUUGAAAGGCCUGAGGUUCUUCAUGUGUGUUGGCAUUUUCUUUGGCAUACUCUCCGUGGUGGGAUUCUGCACAUUCCUGGCCCUGGCCAUCAUAAAGAAGCAAUCUUUUACGGAUCCACAGAGCUACUACCUGUCCUGCAUCUGGAGCAUCCUUUCCCUCAAAUGGGCUUUUCUUCUGGGCUUAUACUCUCACCGGUACAAGAAGGAGUUUGCAGACAUCAGCAUUCUGAGUGACUUCUGAGAUCCUGGAGGUCCGUUCCGUCAAAGAAAGACCUUGGAGGUUCAAGGAAGGCUGUUAUUCCUCUGACUGACAGUUGCAGGCAAGGGGUUGGCCAGAAGGCGGCUGAAAGAAACAGACAGCAGGAGCCUGACCUGCUUCUCUGCAUUUUCUUUGCUGGUUCCAUUAGGAACGCCUCCUAACUGCUUUUGUCCAGUCAUUUGCCCAUUUGACUAGUUCUGUUUGUCUGUAUGUGCUUAUCAUUCACGAAGACUUUGUUGUUUGGAUGAUUCAGGAUAUCUAGCAGGACCGGAGUUUUUGUCCCAAGUCUCUAAUGUCUAUGACCUGUGGCAUUUUUCGUAGCUUUUUUCCCCUUUAAUGAGAAGCAACUGCCUCUUUUGGGGGUGGGAGCAGGGGCAAAGUCUAUGGUCCACUCCUAUAAAGCAAAGAUUGAUUUGUACUCCUUUCAUACAGAUGUAUUUUUAUAGCUCAAGGUGUGAUUCCAUUUUAAAACAACUUUUUUAAAGCAAGCUUUUCCCCCUUCCCUGGUGCUUCGGUGAGGAAGCUUGCAUGUGUGCUGCUGGUGUUGGUUAUCACAGUUUAGGGACAAGAGCUGUACGUUGUGAACAAAAUUCUGCACCUCUUGUUUUUCUCUUGCCAGUCUUAAAUGUUUAUGAUGGAUGUUUCUUUAAUUUGAGUUAGGCAAAGCUAAACACUGUUGCAAAGGCACCUGCAAUUUUGAAGAAUGACCAUGUGGGUUAAGAAGGAAAAUGACAUUCCUAUGGAAACAGUUCCCCUUUCUCUGUAGCUAUCUGGUCAACAUAGGCAGGGACCUGGAGAUUUCCAGAUGUUGUUAAUUACAGCUGCCAACAGCCUCAGCCAGUGGUGAAUGAAUACCAUGAUCUGGACUUCAGAAGUAUCCAGAAGGCCUAAGUUCCUUCUCCAUAAUGCCAUUAUAUACACAGCACUUUGCUUUUUUGUGUGUGUCAAACUGGUAUUUUAUAACGUGAGCAACUGAAAUAUUUUAGGAAUGGGGAAGCCAAUUCAUUCUUUGGAGUCAACUGUGUUGUCUAAUUCUUGAAGACUGGGACAAAAAUAGAUAAUUGCCACAAUUAUCUUAUUCUCUGAUUUUUACUUCUGGUUGCAUAGGAAUUCAGGGUUGAAUAAGUUGGACUGUUAGCCAAUGGGAUGGUCAUCCCUUCAGUGGACUCACUUUUUGUAGCAUAUCUGGCAUAAACUAAUUCACAAAAGGAAAAAUGCAUUUUUGUUUUAACCAAACGCUUCAUUGAGCUGGAUCAAGUUUGUGUGAGAUAAAGAGUUGAAGAAGUGGGGUGGGUGCCACCCAUGAGAAGAAAUGGUGACUUGGGAAUUCUCUGCCUCACCCGGACACAUUUUUGCCAUUGUAAUCUCACUUAAAAUGUUUCAGUUGUUAUACAGUGGGUGUGUUUGAAUGGGGAUGUGUUGCACUAUUCCUCCUUCACUUAUUUCUCUCCUUUUUGCUUACAACAGGAUGUGCAAUCCUCCUUGAAGUUUCUGUCUUUCUGGCCUACUCUAAGCCCUUGGCAUUUCCUUGAGGCUAGCACUUGUCAUCCAUCCAAAGGAUAGACGAUUGAAUUUGGAGUAACCUUAAUCUGAAUGCAGAAUUAUAGAGGAUGACCUGUCUUUUAAACUUCUGGAUCUCUACUUGUUAAAUGUGCAGAUCAAUUUUUCUCAGCCUUGGCAGCUUGAGGAUGUGAGGAUUUCAACUCCCAGAAUUCACCAGCCAGCAUGUUCACUGGGGAAUUCUGGGAGUUGAAGCUCACAGAUGUUGAAGCUGCCAAUGAUGAGAAACACUGGCAUAAACUUUUAGGUGGAUGAUCUCUAAUCGGGCAGCCCAAUUGUUCCUAAUCUGUCAGGAAGCACUGGGAUACAAAUCAAAUGGCUCACUGUUCCCUUUGGGUUAAUGGGCUAUAAGGCAGAGGUAGACAUGCUUCAAGUUUAUUGACAAACUCCUCAGGCUUCAAAUGCCAUCCUGUUUGUCAAAUACACGACAUGGUACUUUCAUCAGGAUUGGUGAUCCUCACUGUAGGAAUCAGGUUUCUUCAGGCUCUUUUGAAAAUCAGACUUCCAAUGGCACAAAAGGGAUUUGAUAAAUUCAGGGACACCAAAUCCUCAUGGGCAAUUU